UUCUAAUUUCUCUCUUCAUUUUUAGCAAAAUCAAGAUCAAUGGGAUACGACAAGCUCCGACCGUCGAAACCAGGACAGCACCACCAACAACAACAUGGAGAACUCACACCUAAAACCAACAAGAAAAAGCUUGUAAUAAUUUCUGUUGUAGCUUUCUCUAUGAUCAUUGCCUCAGCUGUCUGUGCCGGUGUCGUAGUUGUGCUCCGUGAAGACGGAGGCGGCGCCACUCCAGUUGGCGGCGAUUCAAUCCGCCGUAAACCCACUCAAGCUAUUUCCAGGAUUUGCGGCAAAACUCGGUUCCGAAAACUCUGUGUUAACUCGUUCAUCCAGUUCCCUGGCUCGCUUGCUGCAAGUGAGCAAGACCUUGUGCACAUCUCCUUCAAUGUGACACUGCAACGCUUCAACAAGGCUCUUUAUACGACCUCCUUCAUCUCCGUUACACAGAUGGAUCCACGUGUACGAUCCGCUUACGACGGCUGCCUCGAGCUUCUGGAAGAUUCCGUCGACGCCCUCUCCCGUUCCCUCUCCUCCGUCGUUCCUUCUCAGAAAGGCAUCGGUCAAGGCGGCUCCACUCAAGACGUCAUGACGUGGCUUAGCGCGGCGUUGACGAACCAGGACACGUGUACGGAAGGAUUCGAGGGAUUGAGCGGGGCGGUGAGGGACCACAUGAUAGCCAAAUUGGCGGACUUGUCGGAGCUCGUGAGUAACUGCUUGUCGAUAUUCGCGGCGAGCGGCGGAGACGACUUCGGCGGAGUGCCGACGCAGAACAGGAGGCUGCUGACGUCGAAUGAUGAUGCGUCGGGAGAAAAUUUGGACGGGCAGCAUUUCCCGAAAUGGCUGAGGAGGGAAGAGAGGGCGCUGCUGGACACUCCAGUGUCGGCAAUCCGUGCCGACAUAAUCGUUUCAAAAGUCGGAAACGGAACCGUUAAGACCAUUACUGAGGCGAUUAAAAAGGCGCCGGAGCAUAGUACUCGCCGUAUCAUCAUUUACGUGAAGGAGGGAAGGUACGAAGAGACUAAUCUAAAGGUAGGGAGGAACAAAAUAAACUUAAUGUUUAUAGGCGACGGCAAGGGUAAAACAGUAAUUACGGGCGGAAAAAGUAUAUUUGACAACAUCACCACAUUCCACACUGCUGUCUUUGCGGCAACCGGUGCUGGUUUUAUCGCAAGAGACAUAACAUUCGAGAACUGGGCUGGACCAGCAAAGCACCAGGCAGUGGCUCUACGUAUCGGCGCAGGCCAUGCUGUGGUAUACAGAUGCAACAUCAUCGGCUACCAAGACACCUUAUACGUUCACUCCAAUCGCCAAUUCUACCGUGAAUGUGACAUUUACGGCACCGUCGAUUUCAUUUUCGGUAAUGCCGCUGUGGUGUUUCAGAACUGUAGCAUUUACGCCCGAAAGCCCAUGCCACUACAGAAGAACACCAUCACAGCACAAAAUCGAAAGGACCCGAAUCAGAAUACAGGCAUAUCGAUCCACGCAUGCCGAAUCUUACCGACCCCGGAUCUGACAGCAGCCAAAGGUAGCUUCCAAACAUAUCUAGGACGUCCAUGGAAGUUGUACUCUCGGGCCGUAUUCAUGUUAUCGUAUAUAAGUGACCACAUUCACCCUAUAGGAUGGCUGGAGUGGAAUGCUACAUUUGCGUUGGAUACAUUAUAUUAUGGUGAAUACAUGAAUUAUGGACCAGGUGGGGCAAUUGGCCAACGGGUUAGAUGGCCUGGGUAUAGAGUCAUCAAUUCAGAGAUUGAAGCAGCCAAGUUUACGGUGGCACAAUUUAUUUAUGGAUCAUCAUGGUUACCCUCAACUGGGGUCUCUUUCUUGGCUGGCCUUGAAGUUUAAUAUAAAUGCUAUUCUCUUUCAUGGUACAUCUACCUUCUGUAUUAUAUUACAUAAGUGUCAACUGUAACAUGUCAUACAAGUUUAUAGAGUACAUAAUGUAAAAUUAUUUGCAGGAAUAAGAUUAUUUAAUGUAUUACGAGAAAUAUGAGAAUACUUCAAGGUUA